GGGAGGAGGUGAGGAGGGAAUAUGAGGAGGCUGUUAUGAAGGAGGUGGCAGACCACCGACUCCUAGCAGCAGUGUAUGCGGGUCGGGGCGACGCCUCUCCGGCCGUCCACCACCUGUCAGCAGCAGCCGCCCUUCUCUCUUCCCUCCUCUCCUCCCUCCCCUCCGCCCUCCCUCUCCCCCCUGGACCUCGCCUCUGUGCACCUCGCCACUGUCGACAUCAUCCUUCACUCGGGGCUCCUGCAAGGGGGGGAGAGUGGGGAGGGAGAGGCGGAAGUUGAUAGCAAAGAGAAAAUGAACAGGGAAGAGGGAGGGGAAGGCGGAGGGGAAGCGGGGAGAGAAGGGAGAGGAAGGAAGGGGAGAGGAAGGAGGGGGGGAGGAGGCGGUGGACAUGGCGGUGUUGGCGCUGGAGGCGUUGAGGGAGAGCGCUGCGGUGCAGGAGGGGGAGCUUGGGAAGGAACACCCUGCCGUGGCGAGGACGCAUGCGCUGGCUGCUGACGUGUACUGGCAGAUAGGGCAGGCGGAGGAAGCUGAGGCAGUGAGCAAGAGGGCGAUGAAGGUGCUAGCAGCCAUGCCAGCAGUUCAUCAGCGGAGCGAUGAGGCGGCAGCAGCUCUCUCCCACGUGGCACUGCACCUAAAGCGCACUGGGCGGAGUGAAAUGGCCGUGGCUCCUUUGCAGAGGGCGCUGAGCAUCAGAAAGGAGCAUCCCGACCACCUGCUGCAGGCCGUGGGCACGGCAACGGACCUCGCCUCUCUUCUCCUCUCCCUCAAGCGCCCGAACGAAGCCCUCCCUAUCCUCCUCUCCGCCCUGCCCUCCCUCCGUUCCUUCCUCGGCCCCUCCCACGUGGCCUCCCUCCCCCUCCUCUCCCUCCUCUCCGCUGCCCACUCCUCUCUGGACCAAUGGGGGGAUGCCGCUGGGGUGGUGGGGAGAUGUGGGAGGUGGUGCGGGGGGAGGGGAUGGAGGCGGUGAUGGCGGAUGCCAUGAGGGCGAUGAGGCAGCCAUUGGCAUGUGGAUUCCCCUGGCUGACGCUCUUGGCAGUGAGGAAAGGUUCCGCCUGUUGCAUCAGGCAGUGGAGCAACAGGCAGUGGAGCAACAUGCAGUGGAUCAAGCGCUAAAGGCGAGGAGGCAGGGGGGAGGCAGCGGCGAGGGCUCGGUGGCUGGAGGUGCUGAGGGAGAUGGCAAUUAUCAAUAGCGGCUGAUUCUCCACUUGAAGAAUACUGUAUGCUAUGCAGUCCUACUAAAAAAAUCACAGUGAAAAUUGUGUCGGCACUCGUGUGGUCAUAUCAGUAGGAAGAGUG